AUGGACUUCAACAAGCUCAAGAAAAUGGAGGAGGCGGCUGCAUUGGCCAUGUUACCGUUGAAGGAUCUCAGCGAAAUCCAGGAGAUGACCAUCAAGUUCACCGUUUCCAGUGAGUGGUCAUUUGUGCGCAAGUCGUCAACAGCUGGCCCAUCGAAAGUGGCCAAGUCACCCAAGGUACCCGAGGCUCCCAAGGCACCCAAGGCAGCCAAGGCACCCAUGCCACCCAAGGCACCCAUGUUAUCCACGGCACACAUCCCACCCAAGGCUCACAAGGCACCCAUGCCAUCCAAGGCACCCAAAGCACCAAAGGUUCGCUGA